CAACCCAAUGCCCUUCAGCAAGCUCUCGGAUAAUAGAGCUUAAUACAAACCGUCUUUGUUGUCCCAAAUUGUAUUAUGAGUGCCCUCUCUCCAAUCUACCAGGCAGCGGCGCGUCCACGUUUUCGAGGACGUCCCGAAACCCCGAAACCUCCACGCCAGGGCACUCCGUAGCCACACUGCUCACGCCGUUGUGAAUGCCUAGUUAUCCUCAUACUACGACUCUCCACUAUGCAAUCCUCGCACUGCGGGUACGCUCGAGUCCCCGCUCCCGUCCGAGAUAUCGAUCCCCGAGCGAAACCCGACGACCCGGUCGGACUGUCCCCACAGCGCACAGUAUCAAGGAAGCAUGGCUUUCGCACGCGAAACUGGCGAAACAGCAACGCGACCAAAGCUUUGUAAGGAUGCGAAAUGUCGAUUUCGCCAAUCAGAGAGGUCCCCGGCCAAUAAAAGCACGCGCAGAGGCUGCUCUGCAUCGGCAUCCACCGCCAAGGGCGUCUCCGCACGAUGCGGACUUUGUGCAAAGUGGUACGGCAACAUCUACGGCUUCGCUGAUAAAGUCUUUCGACAUUUCGAGCAGCCAAGACCUCUAUGUAUACCUAGGUAGUCGCGGAGAUAGCCGGGGCUUAUUCGGGGAUCCUCACGAAUUAGGCUGACCAUAGCAUCAACCGAGCUCCAGCCCUGCACGUGCGGUAUAUGCCCCUACGGCGAUCUACGGCGUAGCGAUUUUGCCUCAUCCGGUAAAGCGAUAGAGCCUUGCUAUG